GCGGCGGCCGCGGGCGCCACCGCCGCCUGCUGUUGUUGUUGCUGGUGCAGAGCAAAGGUGGGCGAUGGCGCGGUGGCCGCCGCCGUGGGCGUGGCCGUCGCCACCGUCGUGGACGAGGUGGUGGUCGCCCCCGAGCUCCCGGCGUUGGUGGUGGAGGAAGUGGUGGUGGUGGUGCUGGUGCUGGUGGCACUGGUGGAGCCACCGCCGCCGGCCAGCGUGGCGAUGGCCAUCAGUUUCCGCUUGUGGUUGCACAGCUUGGUGAGGUCGCCGGAGGAGGCGGAUUCGGGCGGCAUCGCCCACGGCCGCGUCGACACCUGCGACAAGGAGGACGAGCCACGGGAGCCUUUGCUGGUAGUCUCCACAGCUUCAACCAUACAGUGCCUGGAGAUAAAGACUGAAUGGCGGGACUGCGAUAAAGAC